CGAGCUUCUUUUCCUACGACGUACCUGUUUGGUUCCUGAGAAAAUCCAAAAAGAAAGGAAAAGAAAAGAAGAACAGAGAAGAAAUCACGGCGGUAUCUUUUAUUCGAGAUGAGAGCGAUGCUUCUCAAUUCGCCGCCGUACUGCAGACUCCAACAACCACUUUCCACGAGUUGUAGUUUAUUGUUUGGAGGUUCAGGCUGCUGUGUAUCUUUCAGUAGGGGGCGUAAUCUGGUGCGGCCUAGCUCACGGGUUCGGUUACCUUCACCUUCAAGCAGCCUAGUUGUUAAGGCGGUUGCUACUCCGAAUUCAGCGGUCGAAUUGCCACUGACUGCAGAGAAUGUUGAAAGUGUAUUGGAUGAAAUCCGGCCUUAUCUCAUUUCUGACGGAGGAAAUGUGUCGUUACAUGAGAUUGACGGAAAUGUAGUGCGGUUGAAGCUGGAGGGAGCAUGUGGCUCCUGUCCAAGCUCUGUUGUGACAAUGAAAAUGGGUAUUGAGCGUCGUUUAAUGGAAAAGAUGCCUGAAAUAGUUGCAGUGGAAGCAAUAGCUGAUGAAGAAACAGGGCUUGAGCUGAAUGAAGAAAAUAUAGAGAAGGUACUUGAAGAAAUUAGACCCUACUUGGUAGGGGCAGCAGGUGGAUCUCUUGAACUUGUGACAAUCGAGGAUCCUAUAGUGAAGGUGCGUAUCACAGGUCCAGCUGCUGGGGUAAUGACUGUCAGGGUGGCGGUCACGCAGAAGUUGAGGGAGAAAAUCCCAUCCAUUGCAGCAGUUCAACUACUGUGACAUUUUUGAGCCGAAGCAAAGAGGUACGCCAGAUGAUAUUGCUGCAUUUUUCUUCCAAAAACUCACAUCUUGUGCAAUAGAGAUGAUGUAUUCUGCAAAUCUUUACAAAUAGGAUAAACAUGCACAGUUAAUUACUGUGAUGCAAUAGUGGAGCAAUACUUGAAUUACAUGUAAUCGUUGAGAGCUCCUUGUGUUCUUUCCGUGUUCAUUGAGAUAUUUCCGGGGCCGCUGUCAGACUCCUGAUAUUCUUAUUGAUUCAUGGCUGUAUAGUUCCAGUUACUUGUUUUCUGAUAAUGAAUUCAACCAGCUCUAGUAUUAGUCACGGACUGGUUUUCGGGUGUCAAA